AAUAAUAAAAAACACCACUUCAAUCAAUGUGUAAACAGUUGUACAGUUUCUGCAUGAUUCUGAACCGUAUAUCUGAAAUGGGGUCAUUAUAAAAUAAUCAUAUCCUGCGGAGGGCAGUAAAAUGCACCAGUAGCGUCAGAGCUGCCAAAAUAUCCCAGAAGAAGAAGAAAGGCAACAUCAUGAUGGCAGCGGAGAGCGACGUGCAGUCUGAAAUCGAGGUGCUUCAGUCCAUCUACCUGGACGAGCUGCUGGUUAAAAGGAGGGAGGACGGGGGCUGGGAGGUGAGCCUGGUCCUGUACCCGUCCACAGCCGAGGACGCCGUCUCUCAGUUUGUUCGACUCACACUGACUUUGAGCCUCGACCAGCAGUACCCCUUGUCUCCUCCGGACAUCUCCAUUCAGAACCCCCGCGGGCUUUCUGAUGAUAAACUCAGCAGUGUCCAGAAGUGUCUUCAGGUGGAGGCUCAGUCCUGUCUGGGCUCACCGGUGUUGUAUCAGCUCAUCGAGAAAGCUAAAGAAAUCCUGACUGAAAGUAAUAUUCCUCACGGAAACUGUGUCAUUUGCCUUUAUGACUUCAAGGAGGGAGAGACUUUCACCAAGACGAGCUGCUACCACUACUUCCACUCCCACUGCCUCGGCCGCUACGUCCGCCACUCUGAGCGGGAGCUCCGGCGGAGGGAGAAGGAGCUGGAGGAGGACAAAACGCGAGACAGGACGGACUGUCAGGACCUGACCGUGGUGUGUCCGGUGUGCAGAGAGACCCUGACGUACGACGUCGAUCAGCUUCUGUCUUCGCCUGCGCCCAAGCUGCCCGAGACGGACGAGGUGGCGAUCGGCUCGGACUUUCAGCAGAAGUGGUGUGAACUCCAGAAGCUUUUGGAAAGACAGAGGUCUAAAGGAGGAGUCAUCGACCCCGAGGUGGAAUCAAAUCGCUUUCUCAUUCAUAUCAAUGAGACUCCACCUGUUUCUGAGAAUGGAUUCCUGGAGGAAGACGUCCCCCCUGCUCCCCCGACGUCCUCCGCCUCUAACGCGCCCCCUGACGACGGCGUCAGAGCGGACCGCUUCGUUCCUGGAUUCUCCCACUACAGAGGCGCUCAAGGCCAGAGGCGUCAGCACCAGCCGAGGGGACAGAGACGGGGCGGCAGGUCCAGACACCCGCACUGGAGAGCCACCCCGGUCGCCGAGCACCUGGACAAACUCUCCCUGUCCUCAGACGGCACCGAAGGACCAGCUAAAACCAAAUCUCAGGGUAACCGCGGCCAGCCCGUGCAAAGCAACCCGGAGUCGUGUCAGCCCAAGACGGGCAGCAGUGAAGUUUGCUCAGUGGAACAAGAUUCCUUAGGCGACCCGCCCUCGUCUCAGCCUGGUUUGGAAACUGAGCCGCCAAAAGACGCUGUGGACUCCGCAGGCUGCCACGGCCGCCGCGGAAGGAGGAGGGGCCCUUGCCAGCCCGCCCCGCACACGGGGGCGCCCGGACCCGCGCGGUACUACUGGGACGGUCGGGCUUCGAGAAACAGAGGAGGAGCCGGUGGUCUGUGCAGCAGAGGAGGGGGGCAACGCCAGGGUCACGGCAGGGACUUCCAACAGAAGGUCGUGGACAGGGGACGAGAGGAGGUGCUAUGACAAAGGGCAACAGGAGGAACAAUGAACAAAUGUGUGUGUGCCUCCAUCAUCAGCCUGCACGGAUUCAUGCCCUGCACCAGAAAUGACAUUCGCUGUAGUAUCCUGUGCUCCUUUCCAUCGCCAUCGUCCCAGUUUCUGGCACUCGCCUUCAUACACACUGAUAUCAGACGUAGAUGGUUGUUGCUUUCUGUUGUGAGGCUGUAUCAUUUGAAAGAACCACGAAUUAAAUUUUCUCUGGACGGCACCCUGUUUUGCAGCGUGUUUGUAUUUCCAGUUGAGCUGAGAUGAAGUGAUUGUUGCCGCUUUAAUAAAUCUUUAACUGAC